UUUAAGUCCCUGAAGACAUUACAAAGAAAAUAAUAACUAGCCUUAUCAAUCCACCUCUUACAUCUGUCACAACAUUGUUUGACAUGAACUAGUCGGGUAUCACGGAGUACACUAAUUAGUGCUAUAUUUAUGACAAUAUACGACUGCAGCGGCAGAGCCUCAUUUUUAAUAAUUUUUUAACAAAAUACGCAUAUUAAAUUUAUAGGGGGGGGGGGAAGGGAAAUGAGAUUAAAUUUUCUAUUUCUUUCUUCACAAAUUUUUAGAUUGAGCCAACAAUUAUUAAUGUUGAAUGUCGAGGUCUCCACAUAAAUCCUGCCCAGGGCCUCCACUUUUUAAUUAGGUCACAUGAUUGUUGUUGAAAUAAAACUUUUUAAAAAAUGUAAUUUUAAACAAAAUUAAAAGCGUACCUAACUUUAUAUAAUGAAACUACCCAAGUCUUCGUUUGAAAACAGACAGGUACAUUUUUUUAGCCAAAUAAUUUAAAGUAUGUUAAGCAAAAAAUAAUUUUAAAAAAUGCACAGCUUAAAUUAUGAAACUUAUGUGACUCAAAUUUAUACAGAGAUCGAAGAUUACAGCAACAGAGAUUGAAUGCUGAAUGUUAAUUCAUAGUAGGCCAACUGCUUCAGGCGCGGCUUUGAAGACUUGUAUGUAGAUCUCUAAUAACACAAGUUCUAUUAAGAUAGAUCAUCUAAUCAUCAUCAUGGCUUGGCCAAAUAAGAGAACUCAAAUUAUUGACUGUAAACAAGGAGCUGUGCGAUGCGUAAAAUUUAAUGUUGAUGGCAAUUACUGUUUGACUUGUGGAAGUGAUAAAACUGUCAAGUUGUGGAACCCGCACAAGAAUUUACUUCUGAAGGCUUACAUAGGCCAUGGAUACGAGGUCUUGGAUGCUCACAGCUCUGGAGAUAAUGCCCAUAUCUGUUCUGGUGGCAUGGAUAAAGCUGUUGUGCUAUUUGAUGUAUCCACCGGGAAAACUGUGCGGAAGUUUAGGGAUCAUGCUGGAACAGUAAACACUGUAUGCUUCAAUGAGGAAUCAACUGUCAUUUUGUCUGGAUCUAUCGACUGUUCAGUCAGAGCUUGGGAUAUAAGGAGUAAAAAGCAUGAACCAGUUCAGAUAUUGAAUGAAGCUAAAGACAGUGUGACUUCUGUUCAGGUCUCUGAUCAUGAAAUUCUUACAGGAUCUGCAGACAGCAAAGUGCGAAGAUAUGAUUUAAGAAUGGGGAAAAUGUUUUCAGAUUAUGUUGGAAAGCCUAUUUCAUGCGUGAGAUUUACGAGAGAUGGUCAAUGUGUUCUGGUCAGCUCGACAGAUACAACUGUCAAGUUAAUAGAUAAAGAUUCUGGAGAAAUGCUAAACCAAUAUCAAGGUCACAAAAAUGUCAGCUACAAAAUUGACUGCUGUUUGAAUCAUCAAGAUACUCAGGUUUUGAGUGGCUCAGAAGAUGGCAAAGUUUUUAUUUGGGAUUUGGUAGAGGCCAAACUUGUAGACACACUGGACCAUGAAACUAGCAGAACGAUUCACUCUCUUUCAUUCCACCCAUCUGAACCAUUGCUACUAACUGCUUGUGCUGACAAGGUUUUUGUUUGGGAGAGUAACCACUAGUGGACUAGGUAUAUAAUUCAAAGUGAAAUCUCAAUAGUUCAUUGAAAAGAUUUAAAAAAAUAAAAAAAAGACUCAAGACAACUGCUAUGUUUUCAUUCUGUCUGAAAUUUGUUUUACAGCCAAAAAGCUUAAAAAAAUUAUUGUUGCAAGGGAUAAGUAGAGGCGCUGUGGCUGAGCGGUUCACUUGGUUUCCGAAUCCUGGAGAAGACUGGAAGUUUUACUUUCAGGAUCAUUAGGGUGCCUCUGAGUCCACCCAACUCUAAAGGUUACCUGAUAUUAGUUGGGGAAAAGUAAAGGUGAUUGGUCGUUGUGCUUGCCAAAUGACACCCUUAUUAACAGUAAACUUACUUAAUGAAAGAUUGUACAUUUGCUCCUAAUAGUGUCAAUUUUAAGCCUGAAAUUUGAUUUCAGGCUAGUGGUGUGAGAAAAAAUGUCAUUGCUGGCAGACCAAAUAAAAAAUUGUUGUAAAAUUCACUGUCACCACAUCUAUAUAUAUAAUUCUCUUCGUGGCUCAAGAGUUUGGACAAGUAGUGAAGGAAAGAUUACUCUUUUAUUUCUGCAAGUUGGACGGACUAGAGUUACCCUACGAAAAAAAAAAAAAAGAGGGGGGGUGGGGGAUAACAAGUAGUAUUCACCCAUCACAAAAUAGCAGGGCCGGACUUAACCGUUGUGACCAAAAAGUCAUGGAAAGAUCACUCUUUUUUUUUUCUUUCUACCCCACAUAGUUUUAGCAGUGAAAAAAAGAAGGGGGGAGGAGAACAAGUAAUCUACUCUGUAUUCACCUGUUACUAAGUAGUAGGGCCGGACUCAACCAUUUUGGGGCCCUAUGCGAAACAGUCUUACCAGGGUCAAGUUUGGUUAGGGAUACAGAUAAUAAGUGAAAUUUAAAGAGUUCUUAUUAGAAAAUAAAUUCGUCUUUGCAUUUUAUUCAUUCUUUACUAUGUACAGAGCUAGUUUAAGAACCUUGCGUGUAGCGAAGUCAUACAGUAUAUCAUAAAAGUUUUAUUUCCUACAUAGAUCACGCUCAAUAGCAAGAAUUACCAAAUGUUUCAAUCUAUCUACGAAAAUUGUUGACCUCAAGUAAUUCUUCAUUAGUUUGAGGCGCGGGAAGCGACUUUCACCAGAUUCCACAAUUACGGGUAUUGCUUAAUGCUGUUUUUUUUUUAUCGCGCGUAGGAUUGGUGUUUUCCAUUGAAUGACACCCCAAAAUGACAAUUUUUGUCUAUAUAUUUUAGGACAUUUGUAUGUGUUUUCAAAAUAUUUUAAUAAUUUCCCAAUAUUUCCAGGACUUUUUCAUAUAUUUUGCAAUUUCAGGAGAUUUCCAGGAGCUCCUGGUAAAUUGACAGGAGGCUGCGGGAAAUCUGUUAGAAGUUAUAAAAUGGUUUAAUUUAAUAAUUUAUACACCUAGAAUUAGUGUGGGUCCUUUGAAAGUGCGGGCCCACUGUGGUCACAUAGAUUGUAGUGCCCUAAGGCCGGCCCUGCAAAAAGCGGUGUAUGCUACACCAACGGUCAAAUAGUAUUAUUAUAUUAUAGCUCUUAUGCUACUGAAAGCUACCUAUCUGAAUUGAACAGUUUUUAAUUGGAAAAAAGUUAAUACUACAAAGGUUUCUUUUCUAAAUGCAAUCUUGGUAUGUGUGAUUGUUAUGUAAUGAAUGAGUUAAAUUAAUGUGCAUAUCCUUUGGUUAAAGGGGACAUAGCUACUUCAGUGUCAAGGUCAGAAAUCUAGCUUACAGUAUGUGGUCCAGUUAUCCAUGUUAAUGCUAGUUUGAUGAAGUGCUGUAUAUUUUAUAUGAAACUAUACAAAUUAUUUGGUUUGAUGUUUGUAGUCCAAUAGAUAUUUUACCAUUAAUAAUCAUCACUGUAACCAUAUAUAUGUAUAUAUAUAAAUAUGAAUAUUUGUCUUAUAUGUGACCAUAAUUGAAGAUAAGAAUUUAACAUGGAAAAUUGUAAAUAUUUUUGGAUGUUGCCAUAUGAGAAUGAAAGAUUUUGUAUGUUAGAAAAUAUAUUUUGCUGACUUUAACCUUUUGUGAUAGAUUUAUGUGAAAGAAUAUUAAUAAGUAUUAUAACUAAAUAUUAACUUGCUUGAAAGAAGAUAUGCUGUAUUGAUUAAUAUUUGCAUAAAAUUACAUGUUAUUUUGUUAAUAAAUUUUCUUGGUAAAGUC